UCUUCUCUCAACUAACUGUCAACAUGGCUCACAGAUUUCCAGCCCUAACCCCAGAACAGAAGAAAGAGCUAUCAGAUAUUGCCCAGCGCAUUGUUUCCAAUGGGAAGGGGAUCCUGGCUGCAGAUGAGUCUGUAGGCACCAUGGGAAACCGCCUGCAGAGGAUUAAGGUGGAGAACACGGAAGAGAACCGCAGGCAGUUCCGAGAAAUCCUCUUCACAUCUGAAAAUUCCAUGAGCCAGAGCAUCGGAGGUGUGAUUCUUUUUCAUGAGACUCUCUACCAGAAGGACAGCCAGGGAAAGCUUUUCAAAAACAUCCUCAAGGAAAAGGGGAUUGUUGUGGGAAUCAAGCUAGAUCAAGGAGCUACUCCCCUUGCAGGAACAAAUAAAGAAACCACCAUUCAAGGGCUUGAUGGCCUUAAUGAGCGCUGUGCUCAGUAUAAGAAAGAUGGUGCUGACUUUGGAAAAUGGCGUGCUGUGCUAAGAAUUUCUGACCAGUGUCCAUCUAGCCUUGCUAUCCAGGAGAAUGCCAAUGCCCUGGCCCGCUAUGCCAGUAUCUGUCAGCAGAAUGGGCUGGUACCUAUUGUUGAACCAGAAGUAAUUCCUGAUGGAGAUCAUGACUUAGAACACUGUCUUUAUGUGACAGAGAAGGUCCUGGCUACUGUCUACAAAACCCUGAGUGACCAUCAUGUUUACCUGGAGGGCACCCUGCUGAAGCCCAACAUGGUGACUGCUGGACAUGCCUGCACUAAGAAGUAUACUCCAGAGCAGGUGGCGAUGGCCACUGUCACAGCUCUCCACCGAACUGUUCCUGCCGCUGUUCCUGGUAUCUGCUUUUUGUCUGGUGGCAUGAGCGAGGAGGAUGCUACUCUGAAUCUCAAUGCCAUCAACCUAUGCCCUCUACCAAAGCCCUGGAAAUUAAGUUUCUCUUAUGGACGGGCCCUGCAGGCUAGUGCAUUGGCUGCUUGGGGUGGCAAGGCUGCAAACAAGAAGGCAACCCAGGAGGCUUUUAUGAAGCGGGCUGUGGCUAAUUCCCAGGCAGCCAAGGGACAGUAUGUUCACUCGGGCUCUUCUGGAGCUGCUUCUACCCAAUCGCUCUUCAUAACAUCAUAUACCUACUAGAGGGAUGGCCAAGCUGGCUUUAGCUUUUCUAGUUGUCUUAGAAGGUGGACUUAAAGGGAGCCAGCUUUCAACUGUCAUUGGAAAUUAGACAGUUAUAUUGGAGCCACUGGAAACACAAUAUGACUCAAAUUUUUACCAGAAGGGGAAAAA